AUGAUUCAGAAUUUCAAGCUUGCCCAGAGUUAUGCCAACGAGAGAAUCUAUUUCACUGCAAUGCAACCUACAGCCAGUGAUGUCUUUGACACCAGCUACAUCGACAUGACCAGCUCGGCCGAGCUGGCCGAAGCCAUCAAUUCUAUGUUUGCCUGGUAUCGCGACUCCAUAGUAUACUAUGCGUACGUGGCCAAUGUCCCGACCAUCUCGCAGGAUGGCAAGGACCCUUCCAGACAUUUCUGCAGCAGCAGAUGGUUCACGCGCAGCAAGGCUGGCUCGCUUCUGUCUGCCGUAUCCCAGAUCACCGGAAUUAAUAAGAACUUCUUGAACGGAAAUUGGCAUCUGAGGAUGGCGAGCGUUGCUGAAAAGAUGUCGUGA